UAGCUUCACCGGAUUCCUUUCUCUUCAGCUGAAGCUGAAGAAAUUCGAUAAUCAAUACCGGUGGGGAGUAUAAAUUGAAAGAAAACCCCAAUUUUCCCAUUCGGUCCUCCAUUUUUCCACGAAUUGCACCCUCUGCCACUCUCUUCUCGAUCUCAUUCAAAUCGCCCCUCUCCUUUUCUCUCACUCACCCACCGUUUGGUUGCAGACCAAAUACCAUCACAUAUUUUGCUUUUUCUCCAAUUUUCCGGUGAUCUGAGAUCUAUCUUCGCUUAAUCACUGCUGCUGUGGCCGUUGUACGUCCAGAGAUCCUUCUCGCGGUGGUCGAGGUUGCUCGUCGAUCUGCCAGUUUUGUUCCUGAAGAUUAAGCGUUUUUGAGCUAGAGAGGAGCUAGGGUUUUCGAAUUCGUGGAUUGUGGAAUGUGAAUGGGAAGAUUAGGGUUUAACCUAACCAUAAUCGUCUUGUAUUUAACUUGUUUUUUGGGAUGAACCGGAGUUUUAGGGCUCCCGAAAGGGGGCAACUGGGGAGCCUGAGGUUAAGGGAUCAUAAAGAUGAUGAGUUGGCGUUGUUUCGGGAAAUGCGGAAGCGCGAGAAGGAAAGGAACGAUCUUCUUCUUCUUCAAAACGACGACGAGUUUGAUGCUCCACUUGGACCAAGAAGUGGUAGUUCUCCAAUAUUUAAUAUAACAUCUGGUACCACUGGGCCGCCAGUCCGGAAGAGCGGUGCUGAUGAUUUUCUCAAUUCAGACAAUGACAAAAAUGAUUAUGAUUGGCUUUUAACACCUCCGGGCACCCCACUCUUUCCUUCGCUAGAAAUGGAAGGACAAAAAACUGUCAUGAGCCAUCUGGGCACUCCAAAAGCUCGCCCUACUGGUCUCAAGUCUAGACUAGCCAGUGUACAAUCGGAGCCUGCUGCUAGGAGCAAUUUAUCAUCUAGACAGCAAGUCUCAUCUCCUGGGUUGAAUACUUCAACUGGAGGACUUCGCCGGCCUACUUCUUCUGGUGGUCCUGGGUCAAGACCUGCAACACCAACUGGUCGUCCAACUGUGAGCUCAGUGUCUAGAUCCACCUUGACCUCAACAUCGAAUAAGCAUUCACUGACUGCAUCAGUUAAAUCUACCGCCAAUGCCACAUCUAAAGUAAUGUCAACCACAACAUCAAAACCUUCAAGAUCUUCUACGCCCACUUCUCGCCCCACGUUGUCUUCAGCAAAGCCCGUAGGUCCUUCAAGAUCGUCCACCCCGACAGCCAGGUCUUCUGUAAGAUCCUCAACACCGACAAGCAGAGCCUCCAUACCAGCAUCUAAGUCGACAUCCAGAGCCUCGACUCCUACUCGUAGACCAACAGCAUCCACUGCUACAAAAACACCUGCUGUUUCAUCUAAAUCCCCAACGAUCUCUUCAGUUGCGAAGCCAAUUCCUAAUGCCUCAAAGAAUCCCAUGCAAGCACGGUCAGAUUCACCUACAGUGAGACCUAAACCGUGGAAGCCUUCAGAGAUGCCUGGAUUUUCACUUGAUGCUCCACCAAAUCUGAGAACAUCUCUGUCCGACAGGCCUCCUUCAGCCACAAGAGGUAGACCUGGUGCACUAAGUUCUCGGUCAUCAUCUAUUGAACCCACUUUAAAUGGAAGGAUUAGAAGACAAUCUUGUUCUCCUGCAAGAGGCCGACCCCCUAAUGGCGUGAAUCAUAAUAGUGGAAGCUCUGUGCCUGUUCCUGCUUCACGUCGGUUGCAUGCUAAGGCUAAUGACAAUGUGAGCCCUGCUCUGGUCGGAACUAAAAUGGUUGAAAGGAUGAUAAAUAUGCGGAAGCUAGCUCCUCCCAAGCAAGACGAUAAACAUUCUCCCCACAGCAACUUAUCUGGAAAGUCCUCAUCACCAGACAGUGCUGGGUUCGGAAGAACACUUUCAAAGAAAUCCUUAGAUAUGGCCAUAAGACAUAUGGAUAUAAGACGGACUAUUCCAGGCAAUUUGCGGCCUCUUAUGACCAACAUCCCUGCAUCCUCAAUGUAUAGUGUGAGAUCGGGGGCAAACAGAAGGACAACCACCAUCUCUGAUUCUCCACUUGCGACAAGCAGUAACUGCAGUUCUGAGUUGAGUGUCAACAACGGAGGUGAAGCAGAUGAGGAUGUGAGCAGUGACAAGUGUCUCCGCUCUCCAGGUAGCUUACGGGGCAGGUGAUGAUGAUACAUAUGUUUUGUUGUAGACACUCACUUACUACUGAACAACUACUGGCAAGCAUGAGUAACAACUGAGACAUAACCCUCUUCUCCUGAAAGACAAAAGAAAAAAGAAAAAAGCUGAAGAGCUGUCUUAUAUGUUGGUGUAAAUUUCAACUAUGCUUCAUGAGUAGUAUCCUGUAUUAAUCUGUAUCAGCUGCUUCCACACGCACUGCACUGUCCUUCAGUUUGUUGUUUGUUGGCUAAUCGAAUGUAACACCUAUUAUUAAACCCCUAAUUUGUUCAAAGCUAAUUUGAAAAAUGUCUGUCAACAUCUUGAUUCAUGUUAAA